AUGGCGACAGCAAGUGUAACCGGAACAGUCAACAUUCUCUUCUCCAUCACAGCAAUUAUUGGGAAUUCUCUUAUCCUUGUUGCCCUUCAUAAGGAAUCUUCCCUCCAUCCGCCAUCCAAACUCUUGUAUCGUUGUCUGGCAACAACUGAUCUGUUGGUUGGUCUUAUUACCCAGCCUCUGUACGCUACCUAUUGGAUGUCCUUGGCUCAAGAGCACUGGAGUCUUUGUCGAUAUUCUUUUGAUGGAUGUGUUGUAACAGGCUAUGCAUUAUGUUCUGUGUCAUUGUCGACAGUGACGGCCAUCAGCGUGGACCGCCUUCUCGCUAUGUUGUUGGGACUGAGGUACAAAGAGAUUGUUACUUUGAGGCGCACGUAUGUCAUUUUAGCUAUCGUUUGGGUUGUAUCUCUAGUUGCUGGAUUAUUCUGUCAUCUCGAUGACCGUAUAACCGCUUGGUACAGCCUAAUAGGUGUAUCAUGUUGCUUAAUUAUCUCCAUCGCCUCGUACAUUAAGAUUUUUUGCGCUCUCAGUCAUCAUCAGGCUCAAGUGCAAGAUCAUGUUCAACAACAGCCGAGCCAACGAAAUGCACUGAACAUUUCGCAAUACAUAAAGGCAGUGCACAGCGCACUGUGGGUGCAGUUAGCUUUAAUUGUUUUUUAUGUACCAAUUGUUAUAGCGGAAACUGUAAUUACUCUUACUAAAGAGCGAUUUCGAAAUUUCGUCAUAAUCGAUGGAAUGGCAGUUGUCUUGGUGUUAUUUAACUCUACUUUAAACCCGUUCCUUUACUGCUGGAAGAUAAGUGAGGUGAGGGGAGCUGUAAAGCAGACAAUCAGACAGGCAGUCUGCUAUGAAUAGGAGCACACCUAUAUUAACGUUAGCUUGUACUGUUACUGCUAUAGCUUAUUUGGAAAAAUUAUAAUUGUUAUGAGAGAGGGGAAGAAAUGCCAUUUCACGAUAAGAAGAGUAAGGAAAAAUAUAAGGAGCUAUUUCUAAAUGGUAUGUUGUACUUGAAUUAUCUAACGAACAACUAACAGGCGAAAAAAUUGUGGUUUAAUAACGAAACAAAACAAUGAUAUGUCGCCAAUUUGCGCAUUUCUAAUGAAGUAGUGAAGGCUAUCAGUUAUUUUGGAAUCAGAACGCGCUCAGGAUUUUUCUUUGCGAUCAAAUGUUG